GACAAUUAAUGAAAAUUGAAAGAGUCUCUAAAAUUGAAAUCGAAAAUGUAUCCUUUCUCAGGUCGGGUCAUUCAGAUUAGAGACUUGUUACCCUAACGAUCUACCAACGGUUGAAUUGAACCUGGUGUGCUCAAUUGACCUUCGUCACAAUACCUAAAGUUCAAGUCAAGACGUAAACUAAACCAACGUUAAUGCAGGGGACAUGAUGAGUUUUGUACGUAGGGUUUUAGCUUCAACUACAAAGGGUUUAUGUUCAACUCCUCAAAUUUCAAUCAAGCUCCCUAAUUUACAACUACCCAUUUGCAAUUACCACUCUAUUCCUAACAAUUUGUUGCACAAAUUGAUAAAAGAGCCAAAUUCACGCAUCAAAAUCAUUCUUGAUUCUGAAGAGAAUUCAACCCUUAAUAGCUUUGGUUUUUCCUGGAAUGCCCUCCUUGCUGCUCUAAAUUCCUCUUCUACUUCCAAGGCAAAUUUGGCACUGGAAUGGAGAUUAGAGAAUUUGCUGAAGCACAAUGAGAGAAAUCAGGAGCUGUAUACUGAGCUGAUGUCUCUUUGCGGAGAAACUCGCAAUCUUGAAUUAGCAAUGCGUAUAUUUAUGGCAAUGGAGUCUGUUGGGUUGAAACCAACGUCUGAUAAUUUUAACUCAUUGAUUUCAGUUUCUCUGUCAGUGAGAAAUGAACUGACUGCACUCUCCUUGUUUGAGAUAAUGGGGAGGUCAGAAGACUAUAAACCGAAUGCUAAAACUUAUAACCCUUUUAUUUCAAUGUAUGCCAAGUUGGGGAAUGUUAAGGUCAUGCAAUCAUGGGCCUCAGCUAAGAGAGCUGCUGGUUUUCCUGCUGAUUUGCAGUCAUAUGAAUCUCUAAUUUCAGGGUGUGUUAAGGCUAAAAGUUUAGAUAUUGCUGAAAAAUACUAUGAAGAAAUGGUGUCAUCGGGAUUCAUACCUAAUGUGCACAUUUUGGAGAAAAUGGUUGAUGGUUUCUGUGAACAGAAGGAUCUUGGCAGAACUAGAGACUUUUUGCUCUACAUGAUUGAUAAUGGGUGGGCAAUUAGUUCACAUAUAGCAGACAGGCUUUCAGGUUUGUAUUCUGUACUAGGGAAAAUUGAGGGAAUUGAGGAUCUUCUUCAAAUUCUUACAGCAUCAAAUGGAAGUCCAGAAGUUCUGUCCCGAGUAUAUUGUGCGAUCAUAAGUAUGCACGCAAGGGCUGAUAGAUUAGAUGACAUGGAAUAUGCUGUUGGAAGGAUGUUGAAACAAGGGAUAUCAUUCAAAUCUGCUGAUGAUGUUAAGAUUGUAAUCAGAUCUUACUUCAAGCGGGCAGCAUAUGACAGGCUUGAGCUGUUUUUGGAGCAUAUCAAGGGCUCGUAUCAGUUCACCAAAUCAACUUGUGAUUUAUUGGUCACUGGUUAUCAUGAAGCUGGGUUAUCCGAUAAAUUGGAUAUGUUGCUAAAGGAGUUGAAUUUGUGUGGAAGUUCAUGAGUUAUGCUUUCUCAUCAUUGAUUGUUGUUCUUAGUGCCAAGGAAAGAAUGUGGUCUGUUCGUAUCUCAGCCAAAUAUGUCCUGAAGGCUUUUAGGUGUAACCUCGCACUGAAGUAGUUGAUAUGGGUGUUCUGGUAUAAGAAAGCUGCUCCAGACCAGAAAAUAGCUCUACUUCUCAGCACACAUGUGUUGAAUACGAUCAGAUUUGAAGCUGAGGUUGGUAAGGCUAAAAAGUUGCUUAUGAACAACUAUAAUGCCGAAAGAUUUUUCUGCUGCAUAUUUUGGUAAGUGGCAGUAUUAUAUGAGCUUCGAGUUCAAAUUAGAAUUGAAAUGUUUUCACAUUUUCUGUUUUGGUGAGUCCAUCAUCCUUAGUUACAGGCAUCAUAGGAAAUUAGGAACCGUCUGAUGAUUUGAGAUGACAGAACUGUAACAUCUGUAUACUCAUGGGCGUCUUGCCAUGCUUAAGAAAUUACGAAUUUAUGCUUUUACAGUA